GUGGACUGUUGAAGGAACCACGUCUAGCUUUGCUGUGAAGGACUUCCCUAGAAUUCAUUUGAAGGCGCUUUAACACUGUAUCAUCAUAAAUGGAAGAGUCACCGUUCUCUUCCUCAUUUCUUCCCAUAUUGAUAGUGUCAAGUUUAUCCCACCACAAUGAUGGGUGAUUGAAUCGUUAAAAGCUAACAGUUCUUCUCUCUCGGAUGGAGACAUGUAUGAUCAAUUGAGACAUAUCGAUCCCAAUUCCUCUUUAUAAAGGAUGUUACAAUAACUUCUGUCGUAUACUAGGAAUCUUGUUAUGAUCAGAUGAUCGAUAAUGAUCACGAUGACCAAAGGUAAAUCAAUGUUCGGGAUCUUAUCGAUUUUUUCCAAAUCCAAGAACCAUAACUUUUAUCAGUUGUGUUGCCGAAACUCUAAAACGGUGCUUAGUGAAAAGAGACCGACAUGUGACAGAACGUUAGGCGUGGUAAUACUCAAAACGCUGUUGAUCGACGAUGAUACGCGAGGAACUGGAUAUGGGUCUGUCUUCUUGAGCAUUUUCAUAAGGUUGCCGCUUACGCUCACUUGCUCUUGAUGAAUACACAAGAAUCAGAAGUUGUUUCCCAUAGACAACGCCACUGUUUCAUUUCUUAAUAAAAAUAGACGUGGCCAAGGAAGCUACAAUGGAGAAAAGCUUUCGUUGCGAUGGAGUGAGGGGUGUACCGGUAAGGUUAACACUCCAACACUCAAGUCAGUAUGUGAAUGAUGAGAGAGGGUAUUCAAAUUGUAUUUGAAAUUUGUCACCCGAAAUGAAGCCGUUCGCAUAUAUAGAGGAUUGAAAACUAACUUGCUAACUAACUGACGUGAGAUGGAGAGAACCGUUGAAUGCGUUGGGGGGAUGAAUCUCUUAUUUUUAAAUUAACGAAGGUUCAAUGGUGAGACAACGUUCCAGAAACUUUAGUAUCUGCUUGAGAAUGAUCCAGGAUGUUACACUUAGAGAUGAUCGGACUAGAAAAGAAACUUGCUUGGAUCAAACCAACUACAGAGUUCUUUUUUUACGGUGAUCGAAUUUCUGAAGGAGAGGCCAGACCUUCGAAGAUAUGGCCGGUCCCUGACAAAUAAUAAUAAUAAUAAUAAUAAUAAUAAUAAUAAAAUAUCAUUUUAAAAGAAAGUAACACUUUUAUUAAGAGUGAGUGAGAAAGAAAAAAAAAAUCUUUCAAAAAAAGUAAGAAAAAAAGUUACAGUAAAAUGGAGUGUGGGUUAAGGGGGAGAGAGAUAAAAACGUUUUUGUCGUUUGUGCAUCCACCUGUCCACUGUCACUGUUCCAGUCUCUCUGCUUCUCUGCUCAUUCCAAAUGGAACGCCUCUUUUCCGUUCAAAUUUCAUCAUUAUAACAAACAACCCCUCCCUCACCCUUCUAGUACGUUUCUUUCUCUCUUUCUUUUUCAAUUUCAUACCUAGGUUUUCAUCACUCUUUUUCUAUCCAUCUAUCCUACAACCAACUCUUGCAUUUUAUUCAAUACCAAUCACUAACUCUUCAGUUCAUCUUUGUCUUUAUUAGUUUCCCUAAUUUCUAGGCUUUUUCUGAUGGAGUUGAAUGCAAAAUCUCCUUCUUCACAGUGGGAAUGUGAUAAUAACCUAACAUUUUUCAAUACAAAAGCAAUUGAAAAUCCUAAAUUCCAACCACUGAAUCAGAGUAUCGAAUUAGACCGAGAAAACAAUGUCGGGCUGUUCGAUACGUCUACGCCCGGUGGAAGUGGUUGCUCUGGGUCUGAGUUAAUUCAUGAUUCUACAUCAAGGUGUUCGAAAUCAGUUUCAAUCGGUUCAUCAUGGAAUUGGGAUAAGGGUAAUAGCAAAACAUGUGUAUUUGCUUUUGAAAAUUCCCAUGAUUCCAAUGAUAAAAUGGAAUUAUCUAAAGAAGAUUCAAUUGAAAAUUCUAAUGCGCCAGGGGUUUCUUUGGUAUCUGGUGAACCAUUGCUCACUCUAAAACUCGGUAAACGGAUGUACUUUGAGAGUUCUAAUGCACUAGAAAGUGACCCCAAAAACUUAUCUAUUUUUGGGGAUUCCAUGUCAAAUUUAAGUAUUGGAAAAAAAUGUAAGUCCGAUGGUCGGAACUUACAAUGUUGGCGCUGUCAAGUGGAAGGUUGUGGCCUUGACCUUUCAUCAGCGAAAGAUUAUUAUCGCAAACAUAAAGUUUGUGAAAGUCAUUCCAAAUCUCCUAAAGUGGUUAUAGCUGGUUUGGAACGUCGAUUUUGCCAGCAAUGUAGCAGGUUCCAUGCUCUUUUUGAGUUCGAUGAAAAAAAGAGAAGCUGUAGACGACGUCUUUCACAUCACAAUGCAAAGCGGCGUAAACCUCGUCCUUCUGAUGUUGUCCAAUCAAGUCAAUCUGCUCUGUUGUCUUCUCGAUGUGAUGGAGAGCAACAGAUGAGUCCAUUUUCGUAUUCGAAGACUGCUACAAAUUUAGCCAUUAAAAACAUAGACAACAACAUGCUCCUCCAAACAAAAGAUUUUCUCUUGAAGCCUGCAAAUGAUAACAUUGACGCACCAAGUACUGUCACUAUGCUUUCAGACAAUUCCAAUGUCAAUUUUACAUCCAAAGUCGUUGCAACCAAGAGUAUCAAUCCAGGUGUAGAAGAUUUCAUUACCUUUUCUGAUACAAAUGCAACACAAGACUUUACUUGUGCUCUCUCUCUUCUGUCAACCAAUCCGUGGGAUUCAUAUGCGACUGAAUCUAUUUCUCUAGAACAUUCUAAUCGCACUAGCAGUUGUGCUCAAGCCCUAACACAUGCAAUGAGUCAGGGUACUCCGCUCGCUUCACCAGAAUAUAUUAGUGAACAUGAUCACCAUGUCAAUUCCAGUAUGUGGAUGUCAGACUCAAACUGUGAAGAAAGCAAUCACUUUCAAGAAUUUCAACUGCUGAGAGAACCUUAUGAAUCUGGUUUUCAUCAGUUGGACUAAAAUGAAUGUUCUAACCCCAAAUAGUUUCAAUCCAACAACUUCACAGAAAAGGUAGAUUCCAUCUCAUGAUUUCUGAUAUGUAGGACCUGAUUGAUUUUUUUGUAAUGACUAUGUUUAUUAUCUCUCAUUUCUCGUGGUAUCAAAACAAUACGGGAAUCAGUUCAGGAAAUUAUUUUUGUGAUGAUAUUUUUAUAAUUCCAUCUGAAAAUAUGUUUUCUGAGACCGAAAUGACCCUUAUCAUCAUCUGUUAUUUAUAUAAUCUUACUUUUUGUUUUUUUCUAAUGCCAAUUCUAGCCCCCUUAUCAACUUUCUUCUUUUCACAGUUUCCAACUUGCCAUACCUUAGUUUACUCUAUUUUCAGUUCCUUUGCUAACUAUGUUGAACUUGAAUAAUAGAACAUUCACAUUGUCAAACAGUGUUAAUCACCUUAAUUAUUUCUAGUUCAUUAGUCAUAGCUUCAAUUCAGUUGCAUAAGUUAUUGUAACCACUCCUAUUAUUGUGCAAAUUGGUUAUGACUGCAGAUGUAGAUAUACCAUCCUACAUUAAUGAAAAAAAAAUGUAGUUUUGAUGAAAUAUUUUCUUAUCAACAUUUUUAUUUGUCUUUAUGAGAAAUCUCAUUUUCAAAGGGUCCUAGGUAGGGGUGUUCAAACAACUGUCAAACCUAAAUGAACAACCAAAUCAAACUAAACUGAAUUAAAAAUAACUGAAACAAGUAUAUAGUUCACGAACCAAAUUGAAAUAAGUAACUAAAUUGAAUUGUUUAGAACCGAAGGUAAAAAGGUUAACUGUUAUGAAUAAUGAGCGAGAGCUAAUAAA